CCACAGCCGCCUAAACACGGUCAAAGCUAACUACAGUGCGGUCAGAACGAUUAUCGUCACAUCAAAAUCUUUUAAGGAAUAGACAUUUUUUACACUCGGUGGAUUGUGUGCACUGUUUAUUUUUUAUUUCAAAUUCACAAUGAUUCUCAUCUUGGCAUGUUUUGCCUUGGCACUCUGGAUAGUGAAGUUCCGAUACAGAAGGCAGCACAUGUACAAACUAGCUUCCAAGAUACCAUCCCCGACCAAAGAGAUGCCCGUUAUCGGCAUUGCGCACAAGUUGAUGGGUAGCACUGAGGAUAUAAUGGAUGAGCUGAAAUUGUACAGCUAUGCAGCCAUGGAAAAUGGUGGUAUAGUCAAAGGAUGGCUCAGUCACAUAUUGUAUUUCUUGCUUUUGGAUCCCGUGGACAAUGAAAAAGUGCUGAAGACAUGCAUGGAGAAAGACAACCUGCACAGAUUCAUAAGAGCCGUCCUUGGCAACGGUGGCAUAUUCGCUUCUGUGAAAAUUUGGAGAAGACGCAGGAAAAUCCUGGUGCCAGCGUUCAGUCCGAAAAUUGUGGAAUCCUUUGUGAAAAUAUUUACUCAGCAGAGUGAGACACUUGUGAAAAAGCUUAGUAACCAAGUUGAAAAGGGCAAAUUCAGCGUAUGGCCUUUUUUGAGCACUUACACAUUAGACUCCGUUUCUCAAACGGCGAUGGGUGUAAAAAUAAACGCGCAGAAUAAUACCCACAGUCCAUUCCUUGUGUCGCUGAACCGAAUCCUGAAUUUGGUGUGCGAAAGAAUAUUCCACCUGUGGCUUCAGCCAGAUUGGAUGUACAUGCUCUUCCCACAAUAUACGGAGCACAAGGCUUGUCUAAAGCAACUGCACGAUUUCACUGAUGAGGUUAUAGUAAAAAAACGCGAAGAAAUACAGAAGGAAUCCAAGGAAAAAACUGAAGCGGAUGCUGAAUAUGAUCUAGAUAAUUAUAAAACCAAGAGUUUCCUUGAUCAUCUGAUUCAUCUUUCGGGCAAAGAGGGUGGUUACACUAAUCUAGAAUUGAGAGAGGAAGUGUUGACCUUGACUAUCGCUGGAACGGAUACCUCUGCGGUUGCCAUGGGAAACACCUUGAAGAUGCUGGCGACAUAUCCUGAAGUUCAAACGCGGGUUUAUGAAGAGAUUUAUGACAUAUUCGGAGAUUCUGGUCGUCAAUUAGUGAAAGAAGAUUUACAUCAACUGAAAUACCUUGAGAGGGUCGUGAAGGAAACACUGAGGCUCUUUCCGCCCGUGCCCUUCAUUAUCAGAAGGGUGGACGAGAAUGUUACAUUACCGUCUGGGCGUGUAUUGCCCGCGGGAUCUGGCGUUGUGGUGUGCAUUUGGGGAGCACACCGGGACCCGAAGCACUGGGGGCCGGACGCCGAGAAGUUCGACCCUGACCGCUUUCUACCAGAGAGGUUCCUGCCGAAACAUGUGUGCAGCUAUAUGCCGUUCAGCCAGGGCCCCAGAAACUGUCUAGGUUAUCAAUACGCCUUGAUGUCUAUCAAAAUAGCUGUCGCGGCAAUAGUGAGGGAUUUCAAAGUAGUGCAAGACCUUCAGAAUACUGAUACGCCAAACAUCAGGGUCAAGUUAGAUAUAAUGAUGAAAGAUGUGGAUGGUUACCAAAUAGCUUUAGAGAAGCGAAAACCGAGUACGAAUACCAAUGUCAGGAUAUCGUCGUAGUUGAUAAGUUUAUUUAUGAUUGAACCUAUAAAGUUGGAAUUCGUAUAGCUGCUGUCACGUAAAACAAUCAUUGGAGAUGCAAAUAAAUUUUAUAACAACUUUUGAGUACAAUCAAAGUCGAGGAUCUUCUAACGCGGUGUUUUCCUACGUGCUUAAUAAAACACUCUUCUGAGGUCCAAGCACGAAUUUUCGACAGCUACGUAAUUCCACAUCAUCAAAGUUUCUAUGAAAACUAAGCAGCACCGGAUCGGAUGUAAGAACAGACUAGCUUUUUCAUACAAAAUUUGAUGAUGACGAUACGUUACGGGCAUGUCAAAAAUUCGUGUUUUGGCCUCUGAACGUCUGAUGAUGAAGAUUGGAUUGAAGUUUUCACAACUUAGUUAACUAUCUUGGCGGAUGUAAAGUGGAGCUGCCAAGUAGUUCGUUUUUUAUUAGAUUAUAUGUAAAAGAGUGAACUUCUAUAUAAAUACAGGUUUUAUAAAGCCUUACUUGGUCACUCACCACGAUUGUUGAGGCAAAAAAAGAAGUCAAAAAAUGCUUCAGAACCAACAAUAAUUAAACAUCGUAGUUCAGAACACACAAUGUAAAACAGUAUUAAAAUAAAUUAUUAUGAAU